UUUUACGCAGGGUAGAAGGAGCACAUCCACUGUUACAGCAAAAAAAAAAUCUGUCAUGCUUCUGGGAUAAAAAUAAAGUGGCAAUCAAGAAUUUCAUGAACAAAAGAGAAAAGUUAAUCAAUUUAUCUUGAGAGAAACGUGUACAUAAAAUAUGUAGCAAAUUUCUGAAAUCUGUCAUUUCAACAUUCUGUAGGAUUUGUUUAAAUUGCUGUUAUUAGAAUAACUAAUGACGAUUAAUAUCGUUGGCUCUAAACAAGUGUCCUCAUAUAUACAUACAUACAUAUAUAUAUAUAUAUAUAUAUAUAUAUAUAUAUAUACUGAAACAACUGAAGCGCAAACGGAAAGAAGAAAUUAACAAGACUCGUUGGUGAAGCGGCCUCGAUUAUGACCGAAGCCUAAUACUAUACUGCUACUACUAAUAAUAAUAAAGGUAGUAUUGUGUGUUGAUUGCAAUUAUAACUUUUGGUCCCCUCGUUAUUUUCUGCGCUUUGUGUUUGCCUGAUUUUUCAGUCAUUUUCUUACUCCUCCUUCUUGUUUCUGCGGGGAAAUCUGUGGAUCUUCCUCGGUGGCAGGAUGGGAGGGUUGCGGUCGGUCUCAACUUGCUCGCUUUUAGGAAUUUGUCAAAGCCUAAACUGUACGUAGAAACGUCAUCUGUGUGGCGGACUGGGGGAUAAAAAGUUGUUUUGUUUGCAGCUCCUCAUCUUCCAGUAAAAGGCGGCGCAGAAACUGGGAUUCGAAGUCGUCACAGAUCGCUUUGAAAUCCAUUUUGAUGGCCCGGGUCCACGCGCUCCCAGCUUUGUGUCACGCCUGAACUCGCGCGCGUGAAGAGUCCUGAUGUGAUAUGAAAGUAGACAGCUCGUGACCUCGCGACCACAAACAUAUUAAAAUGAUGUCACGCGCAGCCACAAGUGGACCUGGGAUUUAACAAGUUCCCUCCAGUUGAGCAGGAGUUGUGCCAACCUCCUCCUCCUUAUCCUGGGGAGACACGGAAUUCAGAAUCGACGAAGAAGAAUUGAGCAAAUGAUCUACUUUUUCCCUGUACUCCCUGGACGGUAACGAUCAGCAGGUCUCGGCUCUCCGCACGCAGCCAUCGAGCGAGGUGCGGCCGCUGGCUUUGCCAUCAUUAAGCGUGAAAACAGAGGCGGUGAUUAGGAGGGGGCUUCCCUGGCAGAAGAUGCCCUUUCCUGUGGGCCGGUGAGGAGCAGCCGACCCCUCGCUUCUUCCCACUACUUUGUUGUUGUUGUAUUUGCGCGGUUGAUGCGAACAUGAUGGACGGUUCUUUCUGCCGCCCAGCGGGGAUCCUUGGCUCCCCCCCGACCCCCGGGAGCCAGCCCGCGGGCUCAGACAUGCUGACGUCCGGCGGCGGCGGCACCAAGCCCCUCGCCUUCUCCAUCGACCGGAUUAUGGCCAGGACACCGGAGCCCAGGUCGAUACCGCUCCCCACCUGGUUCCAGUCCGCUCCCAUGGGGAAACCCGACAUGUGUCCGUCCUCACUGCACUGCAUGAUCCCGCUUGUGCCGCUCGGGUAUGAGGCGGGCCACCGACUCAGCAUCAGCGGGCUGGAUCCGGGCCAUUUGGACGGCUCUCACCUCCCGGCUCCCGUUGACAUUUUGGGGUUCGGGUUGAACUACCGGACCCAGCAGGAGGACUCCGUUGUGAGCCAAAGCAGCGGCCAGUACAAACUUUUCAGACCGCGGGUGGUGAACCAGUCUUCGCUCUCCACCGUGGGCACCAUGUGCUACCUGAACUGCGCUGGGGACGGAGGGGCCUGCGCCCCGUCGGCCGGCCUGGUCAACCUGCACCCGAUGGCCUCGUACCUCCUCACCGCCCGACACAAAGCCCUCAUAGCGGAGAAGAGCAAGCAGCAAGUGGGGGAGCGCUUCUCGGUGUCCGGGGUGCAGGCCUUCAAACAACUUUCUUCCAGUCAGAUCCAACACUACAUGAAGGAAAGGGACCAAAUGCUCACGGACAAGAUGUUUAAAGGCUCCCCGGCGGCGGCAGGAGCCGCCCGGCUAAACGGAUCCUGUUCCGGCAGCAAGCCCAAAGUGUUCAUCUGUGAGGUCUGCGGAAAGGUGUUUAACGCGCACUACAACCUGACCCGCCACAUGCCCGUGCACACCGGCGCGCGGCCCUUCAUCUGUAAAGUUUGCGGGAAAGGGUUCCGUCAGGCCAGCACUCUGUGCCGACACAAGAUCAUCCACACCCAGGAAAAACCUCACAAGUGUAACCAGUGUGGGAAAGCCUUCAACCGGAGCUCCACGCUCAACACGCACACACGGAUCCACGCGGGAUACAAACCCUUCGUGUGCGAGUUCUGUGGGAAAGGAUUCCACCAGAAAGGAAACUACAAGAACCAUAAGUUGACGCAUAGCGGGGAGAAGCAGUACAAGUGCUCCAUCUGUAACAAGGCCUUCCACCAGAUCUACAACUUGACAUUUCACAUGCACACACACAAUGACAAGAAGCCAUUCACCUGCACAACCUGUGGCAAAGGCUUCUGCCGCAACUUUGACUUGAAGAAGCACAUCAGGAAGCUACAUGAGAACAGCUUUUCUGCAGUGUCAGAGGCCUUGAGACCCGGCUGCGGCGCCGUCGCCCCUGCAGGCCUGAAAUACCUUUAA